AGUCGAGCAUCGUCAUUAUGGAAGACGGCUUCAAGCCGAGUCCAGCAGCGUUGCGCAGUUUGGCGGAUCAGCAGCCGUACGGGAGCACUAUGACUGGGUUCCCCUUCCAGCAUCACCGCGCAGGAGGAACGACAGAUUCCCAGACGGACAUGCUUAACCCGUUCAUGGAGGGCGGCGGCCCCAUGGGUCACAUCAAACUGAGCCCCGGUCACCAAACUAAUGCUUUACAUCACCACCACCAACAGUUCACGCAUCAACAGAAUGGAUACGGACAUAUGUCGACGGCCGGUUACGGCAGCACGAGGGACUACCUGCUGCGGCGGGACCAUAUGCAAACGCUUUCGGAUACGUUCGGGGGUCCAACCGGGCCCCUUCACCCGGACCCAUCGCAUAUGUUUUUCCCAAGUCUUGAUCCCCAUCACCAUCACCACCAUACCCAGAUGAGGAUACCUUUAACGGGGGCAACUGAUGUUUACUCUAGGACUGACGGUUUCGCUCAUCCCCACCACCACCACCAAAUAACAAGAUCAGAUCCAUUUAGCAACCCUUACCAGCACCACCACCACCAUUCUCAUCAUAUAGGCCCCCCGGGGACUGCUUUCUUUCGCUACAUGAGGAACCCUACUAUCAAGCAUGACAUGACAUGCCUUUGGAUAGACAGUGACCAGAUGUCUCCCAAAAAAACGUGCGGCAAGAUUUUCACUUCCAUGCACGAAAUCGUGUCUCACAUCACAGUAGAACAUGUCGGUGGGCCUGAGUGCACGAAUCAUGCCUGCAGCUGGCAGGACUGUCCCCGCAACGGCCGACCAUUCAAAGCCAAAUACAAACUUGUCAACCAUAUCCGGGUACACACAGGAGAAAAACCCUUUCCCUGCCCUUACCAUGGGUGCGGAAAAGUGUUCGCGCGAAGUGAAAACUUGAAGAUUCAUAAGAGAACGCAUACAGGGGAAAAACCAUUCAAAUGUGAGUUCGAAGGCUGUGACAGGAGGUUUGCAAACAGUUCAGAUCGGAAAAAACACUCUCAUGUACACACGAGCGACAAGCCCUAUAACUGCAAAAUACGAGGCUGCGAUAAAAGUUACACGCAUCCUUCUUCUCUCAGGAAACAUAUGAAAGUCCACGGUGGAGGAGGCAAAAGUCCACCACCUGCAACACCAAAUGGUAGCACUUCUGGCUCCGGCUACGACAGCGACAGUGGCACGGCGGUUCCCAACCUCACCGAAUGGUACGUCUGCCAGCCGACGAUGCCCACACCACCUAGCAAUGAACAUUCUCCAGUUGGAGCGGUACCAACCACAGUUUUACCACCAACAACUCACCACACUUUGCAUACUCCUGUCUUCUGACAUACCCUGAACACCACUCAGUGGUGAAACUAUUCAUAUGUGAACGAGCUGUUUGCCCGCUGAAGUCUCAUUUGAGGCCAAAGUAAUAGUUCUUAAGUAAGUGGCAAUCCUGAGGACCUGGCACGUCUGAAAUAGGAUUGGAAUGGACUACUUGAAGAAAGACCAGUGCUUAAUUUCUUAAAUUAAAAUUGUCGGAAGCCGUCAAGAACAGAGAAGAGAAAUAUAUAAAUAUAGCAAAGAAUGGAUAAAACAGUAAUUAAUUAAAAGUUAAAGCUCUUGUGCAGCUGGCCCGUUCGCCAGGAUUAAAAUCCAUUUUGAACUACCAGUGUUAGGCGGUUUUGCCACUCUGGUCGUUGCUGAUUCAUCUGCAGUUGAGUGAACAUUGCUGUUAAAUGUGGUUCGUACGAUUCCUCAUUCCAGAAGCAGCGAAUCAAAGUGUGAAACUGAUAAACAUAAAGAGCAUUCAGCAUGGUUCUCUGAAUAUGGAAACUAAAAUGGACUUCAUGGGGAAAUCAAUUUCCUUGUGAUAUACAUAAGUUGCUUGGCAAUAACGAUUCCUAGAUCACUAAUGCUUGUAUAUUUAAUAUGACGUUUAAGAAAAUAUUUUCUAAACUGCAGAACUUGCGCUUCAGUUUGGAGUUAUUUAAAGACAUCGAUUUAUAGUGCAAAUUUUACAACUUGAUCUCUUUCCCAUGCUUUUCUUUUCUUGUUACUAUUUGUUCGAGUUGUUUUAUUUUUAUUAUGUUUUUCAAUAUCCCAAAACACUAUAUUGCCAAUUUUUUAUCUAGAAUUUGGCAUUUUAUAAGCGCAAUUAUUAAUAUUGUAAAAUUUUAACAGUCGGGCCACCAGAAAUCUGAACUCCAGUCAUUUGAAACCCUUAUUUUUUUGUAGAAUAUGUAUAUUCUGAGUUAAUUGUUUGCUAAUUUAGAUACAUAUGUACCACACAUGUAUUGGCCUGCAGUGUUCAUCACAUAUAUAGUUUAUGAGCAUUAAUGAAAAAAGUAAUUAUACAUUUUAUUUUAUUAAUUGCAAGCAAUAUAGCCAUUUUUCACGUGAGAGGAAAAAAGAGAGCCCUUUUUCAUGUGAAACGUAGUGUCAGAAAGGGCUUAUAGCAAUGCCAAGAAAACUGCUUAAAUACUGAAAAAAGAAAUAAAAAUGUAUGUAGCUUAAAAGUGUUUAACUUACACUGUUUUAGAUAAAUGUAGUAAACAAAAAAUAAAUAAAUAAAAUAAUAAUAAUAAUAAUAAUUUUAUGCCAAUAUUCUUAAGCAUAACAGAGUGACUAAAUUUGAAAGAUAAAUUGAGGAUCUUAUGCCUUGCUCAGUAAAAUCAAUCUUAGAAUUUGCUAAGCAAAAACAAGAGAUUACCAGUUACCGAAAAAAACUCUUCUGAUAUCGGGACCGGAUUCAGAAAUGUGUGUAUGGCGUUUGAAUGCGUAUAAUGUGGGUGUAUACAUAUAUAUAUAUAUAUAUGUUGUAUGAACUUAAAUCCAUUUAGUGCGAAUAACUCCAGUCCUUUAACUCCAGUCCCCGUUAAAACAUUAUUAACAUUUUGCUUUCAAAUUACU